CCUACCUACACAGACAUGAAGAAAACAAGCAACACGUGAAAAUGGAAUCUAAACCGAAUUAUAAGAAUUUGACAUCAGAAAGCUAUGGUAAACCAGCAGAGAAGCAAAAUCCGGUUUUGCAGAAUCUGGUAAAGCCACAUGUAGAGUCAUUCAACUGCUUUUUACAUGAGGGCCUAACAAAAAUUGUAGAGAAUCUAGACCCAGUAGAAUUUUCCUUACCAAACAAGGAUAAAAUAUCAUUAAAGAUUGAGAAUGUGAUAAUUGCCAGUCCACAUGUCAGUGAAAAGGCAGUCUGCCCCCGAACUGUUAAGGUGUACCCUAUUGAGUGCCGAGGGCGAGGGGUGACAUACAAAGGAUCACUGCAGGUACAGAUCGGAUACAGUGUAAAUGGCCAUGUGGGGCCUUCUCUCACUAAGAACCUUGGUCAAGUGCCCAUCAUGGUUAAGAGUGCAAUGUGCAACUUGGCGGGGCUGUCACCAAAGGAGCUUAUUAAAAGGGGAGAAGAGGAGGAGGAAAUGGGAGGAUAUUUCAUCGUCAACGGCAUUGAGAAAGUCAUCAGGAUGUUAGUACUGCAGAGGAGAAACUUUCCAAUGUGCACAGUGAGACCCACUUGGAAAUCCCGAGGAGCAUUGUUCACGGAGUAUGGUGUUAUGAUGAGAUGUGUCGCGAAUGACCACUCUGCAACAAAUCUAGUGCUACACUACCUAAGUAACGGGUCAUCCCAGCUCUGCUUCUACAACAAAAACCAGGUCUACUUUGCUCCCAUAGUCAUCAUUCUCAAGGGUCUGGUAUCGAUGCCUGACAAGUACAUUUAUGAUGAGCUGGUCAAGGGGAAAGAGGAUGACUCUUUCUACAAAGGCUGUAUUGUGGCCAUGCUCCGUGAAGCUUUGAAUGAGAAACUAUACACACAACGAGAUGUCCUGGAGUACAUGGGGUCUCGAUUCCGUGUAAUCACACAUGGAGUUGCUGACUGGAAGACUGACGUGGAAGUCGGACAACACAUUUACAGGAGAUGCAUAUGUUCCCAUCUCACGAAAGACAUUGACAAGUUCAAUCUACUAGUGCACAUGACUCGUAAGCUGUUUGACUUUGCGAAGGGUCGGUGUGCAGUAGAGUCAGUAGACAGCCCCAUGUUUCAAGAAGUGCUACUUGGUGGCCAUCUUUACCAGAUGUUGGUCAAGGCCAAACUGGAGCAGUAUUUAAACGUGCUGCGAACAGUGAUAGACAGACAUGCCAAGUCAAACAAGGACGGGGCGGAAUACUACAAACUUACGCCCGAUUCCCUCAUGCGAGCUCUAAGGUUUGGCCCAGAUAUCUGCAAGUCGAUAGAGUUCACAAUGUCGACAGGCAACAUAGACUCCCAGCAUGCUCUCUCCCUGCUACAGAUGUCCGGUCUAACAGUUGUAGCAGACAAGCUCAACUUUAUGCGGUUUGUCUCUCACUUCCGAUGUAUCCACAGAGGUGCUUUCUUCGGCCAGAUGAGAACCACAGGUGUGCGGAAACUGCUACCAGAGGCCUGGGGUUUUCUGUGCCCUGUACAUACCCCAGACGGUUCCCCAUGUGGACUGAUGAACCAUGCCUCAGCACUUUGUCAGAUCCAAGUAUUCACCAUGUCCCCCCAGCCAGUUUUGAAGGCCCUCUACUCCCUUGGAGUGUGUCCCCUCUCUGACCCCCCAGGGCCGGUACGGGAGUGUUACACCGUCAUGGUAGAUGGGAAGAUGGUGGGGUAUGUGGCUGACGACCAGGCAGAGACUGUAACACAGAAAAUGAGAUAUAUGAAGGUCAAGAACCUCAGUAAGGUUCCAAGCACGAUGGAGGUGUGUCUUGUGAAGAGGACGCCCUAUGCCAGUCAAUACCCGGGUCUGUACCUCUUCACGACCCCCGCACGUAUGGUCCGCCCCGUGAUAAACCUUGCGCUGGAGCAGGUGGAGAUGAUCGGCACGUUCGAACAAGUCUAUAUGGACAUCUGCAUCAACCAGAACGAGGCUUACGAAGGGGUUACAACACACCAAGAGCUGGACGAUGUCAGCAUGCUGUCAUUUGCAGGCAACCUGACACCAUUCUCUGACUUCAACCAGAGUCCGCGUAACAUGUACCAAUGUCAGAUGGGUAAGCAGACCAUGGGCGUACCUACCCACACGCUUCAGUACCGAAAUGACAACAAGGUGUAUAAGCUGCAGACGCCUCAGACCCCAAUGGUUCGGCCCAGGAAAUAUGAUGAGUAUGACAUGGAUAACUAUCCGCUAGGGACUAACGCUGUGGUCGCUGUCAUCUCUUACACUGGUUAUGAUAUGGAAGAUGCCAUGGUGAUCAACAAGGCAUCGUUUGAGCGAGGAUUUGGUCAUGCUACUGUGUAUAAGACAGAAAUGAUCAACUUGUGUAAAAAACAGACAGCAGGAAGAUUUGAUAAAACCAUACUCACAUUUGGUUGCAAGCCAGACACUAAGCCUUUCUUGGAGGGGGAACUGGAUUCAGAUGGCCUUCCUCACAUUGGAGCGUAUUUGACAGAGGGAUGCACUUACUAUAGCUAUAUCAAUACGCACAAUGGUGAACAGAAGGUUGUCAAGUACAAAAAUAACGAGCCAGCAUGGGUAGAACACAUAAAGGUCCUGGGUAACGACACCGGGGAAAACAUGCGCUACAAGGUCGCUAUCAUGCUACGAUUUAAUAGAAAUCCCAUCAUUGGUGACAAGUUUGCAAGCAGACAUGGGCAAAAGGGUGUUUGCAGUAUGAUGUAUCCGGUUGAGAACAUGCCAUUUACAGAGAGUGGAAUGACCCCAGAUAUUAUCUUCAAUCCCCAUGGCUACCCAUCCAGAAUGACAAUAGGUAUGAUGAUUGAAAGUAUGGCGGGAAAGUCGGCUGCCACGUUUGCGCAUUGUUAUGAUGCCACACCGUUCCAGUUUUCCGAGGACGAUCCUGCUAUCGAUCACUUUGGAGAACUCCUCGUAAAAGCGGGCUACAACUACUACGGCACGGAGCGUUUCUACAGUGGGGUAGAUGGCCGAGAAAUGGAGGCCAAUGUUUUCAUGGGGGUUGUAUACUACCAAAGACUGAGGCAUAUGGUGUCGGACAAGUUCCAGGUCCGUACCACUGGGCCAGUUGACCCUGUGACCCAGCAGCCAGUGAAGGGUCGUAAGAAGCAUGGCGGGGUCAGGUUCGGGGAGAUGGAACGGGACGCCCUCAUCUCUCAUGGCACACCCUUCCUGCUGCAGGAUAGGAUGUUUAACAACUCAGACAAAACACUUGCCCCAGUCUGCACAAAGUGCGGGAACCUCAUCUCCGUAUCUACGGAGAAACUCUCCACCCUGGACAAGAAGGAGCGUAACCGCAGUCAUGUGUGUUCACUAUGCAAGUCAACCGACCAUAUACAGAUGAUCUCGGUGCCCCAUGUGUUUAAGUAUCUGCUGAUAGAGCUUGCAGCAAUGAAUAUUAGGGUGGAUUUGAAUGUGAAAGAAAUGGGUUGCGAUUGAUAAAAAAAAUGACAAAGAUUCUAUCUCUUCGAUGUAAAAAUUAUACUCUUGCAUUAGGAAAUCUGUGAUGCAAGGGAAUGGGAAUUGAUGGAAAAGUUAUAAUUCCAACUGUCAAAUUGUUCAGAAUUGUGCUACAUUUACUGAAGUUAUGGAGUUAAUAGGCUUCACCAUUAUUGUUACCAUGUGUACAAUGUAUGCAAUGUAUUAAUAAAAUAGGAAUAAAAAUCAUUAAAAAUAA